ACUAGUGGAACUCAGCCCGGCCCAGACCCGUCUCCUCUGGAUCCUCCAGUCGAGCACAAGCGCUGGAAUUCUAGUCCUGUGACACCACCACUCCAGUCUCCUGAGUCUGUUCCGUGCCAGGGGGGUGGUGGCAGAGUGGCUAAGGCGACUUGUGAGCAGGGAGCAAGCAGGCUCCCUCCAUCCCUGGCCUGCAGCUGGCUAGCGCAGGGAAGGAGGCGUAGGAGAGCCGGGAGGGCUGAGGGUGCCUGCUCACCCCUUGCUCUGCAGUUUCCUCCUCCCGACAAGCCCUCCCCAGGCGGUGGUGUUGCGCUCCCACAAACGAGAUCUUCCCCAGCGUCCCGGAGACGUCAGCGGUCCAUUCCGAGCUGAAGGGAGCGAGCAGGGCGGCGCUGACUCCCCCCGAGCCCGGCUCCGGGUGGGACGCUGUGUUUUCCCCGAGCUGCGGCCGGACCGCCCGGGACUCCGCUCGAAUCUCCUGGGGACCUCUCCCGGAGGGCGUGCCGAGACAUGGAAGGCACAGACCUGGCGCUGAAGGUCCUGUCCACCUGGCUGACGCUGGUGGUCGGCCUCAUCCUGCUGCCCUCGGCCUUCGGAUUGUCCCUGGGCAUCUCGGAGAUCUACAUGAAGAUCCUGGUGAAAACCCUGGAGUGGGCCACAUUACGAAUCGAGAAAGGAGCCCCGAAGGAGUCAGCUCUUAAAAGCUCAGCUUCUGUGGGUAUUAUCCAAAGAGAUGAGUCACCCAUGGAAAAAGGGCUCUCUGGUCUUCGAGGAAGGGACUUCGAGCUCUCUGAUGUGUUUUAUUUCUCCAAGAAGGGAUUGGAAGCCAUUGUGGAAGAUGAAGUGACCCAGAGGUUCUCUUCUGAGGAGCUCGUGUCAUGGAACCUCCUCACGAGAACCAAUGUCAACUUUCAGUACAUCAGUCCGAAGCUCACUAUGGUGUGGGUACUGGGUGUCCUAACACGCUAUUGCCUCCUGCUACCCCUGAGGGUUACCCUGGCUUUCAUUGGGAUCAGUUUGCUGAUUAUAGGAACCACACUGGUUGGGCAGCUUCCAGACAGCAGCCUCAAAAACUGGCUGAGUGAACUGGUGCAUCUCACCUGCUGCAGGAUCUGUGUUCGCUCCCUGUCUGGUACCAUUCACUAUCACAAUAAGCAGUACAGACCCCAGAAGGGAGGCAUCUGUGUCGCCAAUCAUACCUCUCCCAUCGAUGUGUUAAUCUUGGCAACGGAUGGAUGUUAUGCCAUGGUUGGACAGGUUCAUGGUGGCUUGAUGGGGCUCCUCCAGAGAGCUAUGGUCAAGGCUUGUCCACACAUCUGGUUUGAGCGCUCAGAAAUAAAGGACCGACAUCUCGUGACUAAGAGACUAAAAGAACACAUCGCCGAUAAGAAAAAAUUGCCCAUUCUCAUCUUCCCUGAAGGUACCUGCAUCAACAAUACCUCAGUGAUGAUGUUUAAAAAGGGAAGCUUUGAAAUCGGGGGAACCAUAUAUCCAGUGGCAAUAAAGUAUAACCCUCAGUUUGGAGAUGCAUUCUGGAACAGCAGCAAAUACAACUUGGUGAGCUACUUGCUUCGGAUAAUGACCAGCUGGGCCAUCGUCUGUGACGUGUGGUACAUGCCCCCCAUGACCAGAGAGGAAGGAGAAGACGCGGUUCAGUUUGCCAACAGGGUUAAAUCCGCCAUCGCUGUCCAAGGAGGGCUGACUGAACUUCCCUGGGAUGGCGGUCUGAAGAGAGCAAAGGUGAAGGACACCUUCAAGGAAGAACAGCAGAAGAAUUACAGCAAGAUGAUCGUGGGCAGCGGAUCUCCCAGCCUGGACCGGGACUGAAGUACUGUGGACAGGCCUGGCUUCCGAGAACUGGCCUUUAGAGAUGAACUUUUAUACUAUCAUUUCGUUGUAUUGUUGUUUUUUUUUUUUUUUUUUUUUUUUUUUGCUUGUUUGUCUAUUGUUAAUCUUUUCUACUGGAUGAUUGUCUCUACCUCUUCGUGCCAGAGGCAGAAGCUACAGGUGCCCUUUUGGACAUUUUUGUUGUGUAUUGGCUCAAUGAAUUGUCAGGCCGAUUCUUGAGUGGAGACAGACUGCCUUUUGUAAAAUGACAGUGUCAUUGAUGAUCGAAUGAAAUCUUUGUAUGCAAAAAAAAGUGCUUCCAGAGUAUGUUUGGAACUUGUUAAUAAGAGAACUCUCAAAAAUGACUCCUAACUCUGUACAUUGAUUGUCUCCUCUUUAAUCUCUUUUAUUAUUAUUAUUAUUAUUGAGACAGGAUCUUAUUUAUGUAGCCCAGGCUUGCCUCAAACUCACUGUGUAGCCAAGACUGGCCAGGAGCUCUUGAUUAUCCUGGGUCCACUAGUGCUAGGACUACAGGCCUAUGCCCCACACCUCGCUGCUGAUUUCACUGUUGUAGCAGGAGUUCACAGCACAGUGCAUUUGCCAUACGGCCACCAUUACGGGAACAUUCUGCUGUGAGGUUGAAAGAAGAACGGAGGAUUCCUUUGAGGGGAAAGGACAAAUUUGUGGUCACCUGAUCUGAAAGGAAUGGAAUGGAGAUUAUAUUUUCUCAUGUGUUGGGAGAAUGGUGCCGACUGGUCAGAUUCACCCAGGAACCUCAUAGGAUUGGUGUUUUUCCCCCGCAAUGCAUUUCAUCCAGCUGCAGUGGGACCAGCACUGGAAGAUCUCCUUUGUGUUACGACUGUCAUUAUUCUAGUUUUCUAACAAAGCAAGUUUUUCGAAGGGAAGGGGCCUUUGAAAAUAAUAAUAAUCAUCUCACGAUCUGCAGCAUGCAGGGGUGAGCUGUGUGGCUCUUGCCUCCCUCUGCCCUACCCUCAACCUCACUGUAGUGUAGUCCCAAACUUUCCCAGCCUGUUAAGCAGGAAGUGGCAUAACUACCUUUUGGAAACUGAGCCUUGAGAUUUUUUUAAGGGAUAACAUGAGCGAUAUUUGAUACAAUGUAUUUCUGCUGUGAGAAUGUAACCAUGUACAGAAAGGGAACUGUCUUAUUGACAGAGAAUAAAUUUUAUAUUUUUUAAA